AUGAAUUGUCUUUUUAAGAUCAUAAGCGUUUUCAUUGUCCUAAGCUUAGCUUACUGCUAUCCUCACGAAGAUGUGUCAGAUGAACAAUCCACACAAUCGAUUGAUGAACGGCUGUCGGCAACACGAAGAGUUUUAAUCAGUAGACUAGAUGAUUGUACGUCUUGGAUGAGCGACAUCGAUGAAGAGAAAAGAGAUGCUCUCCAGAACUUUCUAAUCAAAGGAAAUUUUAACCAGUUCAGGGAUUUGGCUAUCAAAGUUGCACGAGAAAUAUCAAAAUCCGAUGAUGAGGAUUGUUUGAAGAGCGCUCAGUUUCUGAUCAAGAAGUACAACAGGCUUUUGGAUUCCAAGAAAAGAUAUUUGGGAAGUGAAGAUGCUAUUCACAUCGAAGAGUUAUUAUCUCCGAGACAGCUCAACGAAUUGCAUGCGUUAUAUCAACAAACCGGAAGGAAGGAAGAAAUCAAAACUGCUUUGCACCGCUUUUUCCAUGGUAUGUCGGAGAACAAAAAAAGCGAGUUAAUCAGAGAAUUCUUCGAUUACAAAAAAGAUUUGCGAAGACGCCCUCGACAAGUAUCUUCUGACAACAUUGACACUGUAUUUCAAAAAGUAACACCUGAACCGUUGAAAAGUGACUGGCUCAAAUGGCAGAGUGAUAGAAAUAGACUUGUGGUUUCACGCAUGAAGCAAAAUGGAGCUGAUGCUUGGGAGGUAAUGAACAUUAUUGGAGAUCAAUUCUAUCACCUGAGAAAAAACUUGAGGAAAAGAUAUGAAACACAACUGACCGACUACUGUCAAAAGAACAUUAGACAGCUUCUCGGAGAAGACAACAUGAGCAUUCUGAAAAGUCUAUAUAUGGACAACGUUCCAGUGGAUCAAAUCGAGACUCGUUAUCAGGAGAUAGUUGGAGAUCUACCCAAUGAACUCGAUCGUCAAGUAGCUGAUCGUUACGGAGCUUUUUGCCGGAAGAUAUUCCGCGUUGUUCAGUUCAAGCCCGCAGACUUGACAAGUUGGUUGAGCCCAACUCAAAAGAUGAGGUUGGGAGAGAUGAUUCAAGAUCAAAAUUUCGGAGAUAUGCAGGUAUACGAUAAGGUUUACGAAUUCUAUCGUAGUGCCAAGGGAGAGCAGAAAGAGGAUGCUCGGGAAACCAUUGACACAGGAUGUAGACAUUUCAUAGCUCAUAUGUUUGGUGAUGAUACUGCCGAGGAGUUUGAAGAUUUACGGUUAGCUGGAAACUACAGCACUCAAAGAUUAGCAGCACGUCUAGUAAAGCAUGCGAAGGAAAUCAGCAGCGAGCGACUCAGAACAAGGGCAGAACAAUCAUUACCAAUCUGCGUCCGUAUUUAUCUGAAUUAUGAUGGUUCUUGCCGUUGCUAUGAUCAUUCUGAUGUCUGUGAUCCCGUCACAUUUGCUUGUACGAACUGCACCGGCAACACCCACGGAAUACAAUGCCACAAAUGCUCGGAAGGAUUCACAGGAAAUCCAUUUAUCGCUCAGUGUACCGCCAUUGAGAACUCAGACGUUGAGGGAGAGAAAGAUGUACCUCUUUGCAAUUGUAACGGCCAUUCAACAGAAUGUGAUGGCGGUGUUUGUUUGAACUGUCUCCAUAACACUGAGGGUGAUAACUGUGAAAGAUGUUCCUCAGGAUUCUAUGGUUCACCCCUCGACGGAACAACUGAGGAUUGUACAGCUUGCCCAUGCCCGAAUGAAGGAGAAUGUUUUGUGAACGAAGUAGAUUUAGUACAGUGUAAAACUUGUCCGACGGGCAAAAAAGGAAUAACCUGUGAGCUAACUGACGGCAAAGACGAUGAAACAAAGGAAGAACCUCCAGAGAAGGAGAAACAGAAGCGGUGGAGAAGAUCAAAAAAUUUAUUUGUUAUGGAUUUCGUUUAG